UACACAUUGAGAGAGAAACUGUCAACAAACGCGAAAUACGACAACCAAACGUAAUAGUAAAACGGAUGUAUUCUCACAACUGCGCUUUGAGCAACAGCGCAAUCGCACUCAGCAUAUAUUCCACAUAGAAGAGCGAAUUGUCGCUUCGGUCUUGCCUGCACCGGAAGGCGACGCGUGUUUCAGAUUGACGAUAGCCAGCAACGCGUCAAGUAUGCUUUUAAGCAACGUACGCGUAAAACAAUAGGCGACAAAAACAUACAUACAUACGUAGCUACAACAAAAUAACGAGAAUCAGCAAACAGAUAUAAGUGGAUAGAGAGAGAAAGAGAGUAAAUGGAUGUUUGCCACCCACAGCAGUAGCGUCGUGCAAACCGGAGCGAAGUGUGAGAAGUGCCCGCCGACUAACUCACUCACACAUAUUAACACACAUACACAACCACAGUCGAGCAACACAUAGAAACUCUCGUACGCGAAACACAACAAAACGGAACGUGAAGAGAAAAAACGCCCACCGUGUAGCCCUUCCCCCUCCGUUCGCUGCUAACUUGUGUUACCGUAGCCAGAAGCAACCAUCACGUCACAGUCCCCCAAGCGGCAAAAGAAGAGAGCCUCCGUUGGAACCCUGCGCAGAAAUCGAUUUUUUUUGGCAGUUUUCGUACGUGCUUCGCUUGCGAAGUCAGCCUCAACCAUAAUUCGUUUAAAACACAGACACAUUGUGUCCAAAUGUACGCAAACGAGGCCUAAACGCUGCAAACGCACUAUAUUUGCGAAUUUGUGUGAAUAGCCAAAGCCGAACAGGUUAACUGCAACGCGAUCGAUCGGCAAAUCCGAUGCCGAAAACGACAACGACACUCACGCUGCCACUGCCCCACCCACCCUCGCGAYCUGUGUAAAUGUGAAUGUGAAUGUGAAUGCGUGCGCAAAAGCAACGGCGAUCGGUGGCAAACGCAAGCUGUUUAUCGACAAGUGCACAAUAAACAGCCCAAAAUAAAGUGAAUAAAACGAAGAGUAAAUAAUAAAAGUGUGCUAAAAACGUUGUUCGGGCAUAAAUCGUACGCAUUGUUCACAAAUAAAUAUCUGUGCACAGGCAGCAGCAAAAAUAUAUUUAUUUAUACACAUACAUACAUAAAUAAACGUAAUUUCUUGUUGCCGUCGCUUAAGCAAUCGCCGUGAGUCAUAAUUUAACGUUUUUGUUGCUGUUCCCCACUUGACUUGGCUGCCUGGCAUUGAGGUGCUGCUUGCUAGCACUGCUCUGCUACUGCCACUGUCGUCGCUAGUCUCUCUCUUUGCGGCCUCUCUUGAGCGCUAAACACGCGCGCCGUUAACGAAAAAGGCGAAAAGGAAAACGACAUAGAAAAUACAUACAUAUAUUUGAGCAUAUAUUUAAAUAUAAUCGUAAAGAUAUAUGUAUAUGUGUGUGUGUGUGUGCUUAUAUUAUUAAGCAAAAAGUGAGGUGCGUGCAACAAACAAAAUAACAGAAAGCAGAAAGCGACAAACAAACAAACGAAGGGCAAAUGUACAAAGAAGAAGAAGAAGAAACAGAAGUCGUAUUUAUUUAGGGCAUGCGAAAUACCAUUUAGCGGCCACAAAAAUCUACGAAAAAUCAAUAGUCCUCACUUUGUAAGCAGCAGAAAAAUAGAAUUAGCAAAACGCGUGCAAACAAGUUAAGCAACAAACGAGCGACGCUACAAAAGUUGACAGUUAACUGCUAAACGAACACACGAAUAUAACAAAGCUUACGUAAAAGCUCAAGUGAAACUGUAAAUGCACUUGCAACUGCAAUAGCAUUUUUCAACCUGCCAUUAGCUAAAUAUACGAAAAAAAAAUAUAUAUAAAUAAAAAAAAAAAUCAACGAAUUAGGCCGUAAAACAAAUUGAAAAUAAACAACAGCAAAAAAAGAAAACAAUAAAAAUCAACUAGUUCUGCUUCCCGCUUGAAGCUCUGUCAAAAACGCCAUGACGAAAGACAGAUUAGCUGCCCUGCACGCCGCCCAGUCGGACGACGAGGAGUCGGAAGAUGUGGCCGUCAAUGUGGAUGGCCAUGAUUCGUAUAUGGAUGAUUUCUUUGCCCAAGUGGAGGAGAUACGGGGCAUGAUUGAUAAGGUCCAGGAAAAUGUGGAGGAGGUGAAAAAGAAACAUUCGGCCAUAUUGUCCGCACCACAGUCGGAUGAGAAAACCAAACAGGAGCUGGAGGACCUUAUGGCCGAUAUCAAGAAGAAUGCGAAUCGUGUGCGUGGCAAACUCAAGGGCAUUGAGCAAAAUAUUGAGCAGGAGGAGCAACAGAAAAAUUCAUCGGCCGAUUUGCGUAUACGCAAGACGCAACACUCGACGUUGUCGCGAAAAUUUGUCGAGGUCAUGACCGAAUAUAAUCGCACCCAGACCGACUAUCGAGAGCGCUGCAAGGGCAGAAUACAGCGUCAGCUGGAGAUAACGGGACGUGCGACCACAAAUGAGGAGCUGGAGGAUAUGUUGGAGCAGGGAAAUCCAGCUGUUUUCACCCAGGGCAUCAUCAUGGAAACUCAGCAGGCCAAGCAAACGCUAGCCGAUAUCGAGGCCAGACACGCAGACAUCAUGAAGCUGGAGACAUCCAUCAAGGAACUGCACGACAUGUUCAUGGACAUGGCAAUGCUGGUGGAGUCGCAGGGCGAGAUGAUCGAUCGCAUUGAGUAUCAUGUGGAGCACGCUAUGGACUAUGUGCAGACAGCAACUCAGGAUACCAAAAAGGCGCUCAAAUAUCAAAGCAAAGCGCGACGAAAGAAGAUCAUGAUACUGAUAUGCUUGACUGUGUUGGGUAUCUUAGCGGCUGCAUAUGUUAGCAGUUAUUUCAUGUAAAUUGAUGCAAUUACUUAACUUACAUAUAUACAUACACACACACACACACACACACACACUAUCGAUGUCUGUUUAGGAUGUUGUACAACCCACCCCGAUAUGAUUCAGUAUAUGUUAUAAUUGAAAUACAUAAAACAAUUUAAGCGGCCCUUGCCAGUGAGUUAACAUAGAGACACACAUAUUUAUAUAUAUAUAUACACACACACACACACACUAACACAAACACACACUUGAUACUUUAGGCUCUAUAAUUAACAAAGAAGAAAAGAAUAUAUUCAUUACAAAACUAAUUUGUAUGAUUAGUUUAGAAACCUUGAGAGUCUAGCGGCAAAGUGCGAAUAUUUGUUAUUAUAAUACGCAGACGGCCGCCUGAGCAAUGGAUAUGCUUAUCCAAACGUUCAACUCCCACACACAAACAUAAGGGUUAAUAU